UUGGGCGAACAAGUGUUUUGCGACGCUUGUUUGAAACAAGCGAAAGAAAAAGAUGGCGAUGUGCAUUUUUCUAAAGCACUCGUCAAAGCCUACAGUAAAAAUAUAGCCACCAGCAAUUUACUGCGUCAUUUAAAGGACGAACAUAACUUAGAAGAUACUCACAAUAGAAAAAAAGUAGCCCCCAUUAAGGGAUUUUUUUCCGUACAGAGAAAAUCUAAACCAGUCACAAAAAGUGGUGAAACUGGUGUAAAAAAAGACAAGUGGAUGCUAGCGCGCGAUCUGGCAUUAUGGUUCACCAGAUCACUAUUGCCAUUCGACAGCAUAAAUGAUGAAGCCAUGAUUGAUUUUUUAAAAAAAUAUAAUAUAAUUGUGGCUGAUGACGAUCUACCCUCACGGCAUAAUAUUGCUCGAGAGGGGCUAGAAGAUGUAUAUAACAGUAUGUUAACAUAUGUACAGAGUAUUAUUAAAAAGCAAAAUAUAAGAUUUGGUGCAUUAACAACAGAUUUGUGGACUGAUCAAUUUAGACGUCGCAAUUAUAUAAGCUGCACUUUGCAUUUCAUUUCUCGUGAGAUGAAACUUUUGAAAUUCACACUAGCCACCCAACAAGUUAUUGGAAAACAUACAGGUGAAAAGAUUAGAGACGUAAUUCAAGGUAUUUUGCGGACAUUUCAGAUUCCACAAAAAGAUAUUGUCCUUGUGACCGACUCUGGCAGUAAUAUGAAAAGAGCUGCUGAUUUGUUAAAUAUGAAAAAUCAUCUUUGCCUAAGCCAUGCUUUGCAUAAUCUGGUCACCGUAGAUGGUAUUCAGAACACUGAUGCGGUUCUUUGCCUUAUUAAUAAAUGUAAGAAAAUAGUCAAGCACUUGAGGUAUAGAGCUCCACAACUAGAAGCCGCUGCCAGCAAAGAACAACGUGAUCUGCUCUCAUCUUUUGAGGAUAUUGGUGUAGAUAUAAACCACUCGGAUGACGAAGCUUUAUCGAAUGAUUUUGACUUAGAUGAGGUUUCGACAAGAUCUGGAACCAGCGCCCCUCCUACUAUAAAGACGAGUACACCAACGAGAUGGCACAGUAUGCUUAUGAUGCUAACAAGCAUCAGUCACAAUGCAAAUCGCCGACCCAUUAGAGACAUGUUGAUUGAUAUAGGGCGCAGUGCUCUUUUACUAGAUGAGAACGAGUACAAUUUAAUUACUGGCUUGGCAUCGUUCUUUAAUAAAUUCAAGACGACAGUGGAAUGUUUAAGUUCUGAAUCACAAACCACUAUUAAUUUAGCAUUGGUUUUUAAAUCAGAAAUCAGAAGGUUGCUAGAAGAAUAUAACGAUGAUGAACCUGUCAUAGUCACUAGACUAAAAAAUAACAUGUUGCAACGUUUGGACUAUCGCUUUCCUGUUACAGACACUAUUGUGGCGGCUACUUUAUUGGAUUGUAGGUUUCAAUCAAUUAAGGAAAUCGACAUUUACAUGGAAAGUCAAGAAAGCAGGUAG